AAAGCCGUGUGCGAGGUGAGAAGUGCACAGUUGUGGUGCAGCGGCAAUCAUGCGAGUUCUCCUGGUUUUGGCCGCGCUGGCGGUGGCGGCCGCCUCCGUCGUCAAGGAUGACGGCACAGUCCUCAUCGGAAAAGACAACAUGGUGAAUAUGGACAUUAAGAUGAAGGAGCUGUGCAUCCUGAAACUGCUGAACCACAUCCUGCAGCCGACCAUGUACGACGACAUACGCGAGGUGGCGCGCGAGUGGACCAUUGAAGAUAACAUGGACAAAUACUUGGUAAGUAAUAGGAAAACAAAACUAACAUCUUUUUUGUGAUUUAAG